GUAUUAGUCGUACAGCUCCAGUCAUCUUGUUCAUGAGUCCCGUAGCCGAAGUGUAGUGGAUUUGAAAAUGGUGCUAGUACAUAGAGGUAAAAGCAAAUCAACAUUUGAUUUCUUGAACUCUGGCUUUAGUGCCGACUAUAUAUCCCAGAGUCAGCAAGCAUGUGGUGCCCAUCAUUAUUGAAAUCGGAUCAGAAAUUUUCAUCUGACCAACCUACGACGCUUUGGUGGGUGCUCCUUUUGACUGCAAAUACUGACAGAUUGUCGACUCUGUAUUCUAUCACCUGUGACAUCAGCUGCCAGUCGCGCAGCCGACUAGUCAUAGGUGAAGUUUUUUUUAUUCCAGCCGUUAGAGAGCAGACGAUCUUGUGUUUUUUUAAUCAUCAGAAGUGAUCACACAAAAUGUCAUGAGGAUUCAUCUAUGAGAAUGACAGUGGGAGAGAAGGGGGGCAUUGUUAGUAGGCAGGCUCCUGACGGUGUGAUGUGGUAAUGACAUUAUACCACCGCCAAGUCGAAGGCACUACGAUAUUCAACAGCACCCGACACAAGUCAAACAUUAAGUACAAUUUACAUUGCUAGCUGAAGAGAAAAUCCUAAUACUUCCCAGAACUCACAUAAUUGCUUUACUACAGUCUUUCAACAAGAUUUUUUUUAAUCAUCAU